CAGGAAGAAUUCCAUCCAUUCAUCGAAGCACUCAUGCCUCACGUGAAGGCAUUCUCUUACGUUUGGUUCAAUCUCCAGGCCGCUAAGAGAAAAUAUUAUAAAAAACAUGAAAAGAGAAUGCCUGUAGAAGAAGAGAGGCGAGUAAAAGAGGAUUUACAGCUGGAGCAGAUGGACGUAAAGCAGAAAUGGGCCAGUAGAUUGCUGGCCAAACUGAGGAAAGACAUCUCGCAGGAGUACCGCGAGGAAUUUGUCAUGUGUAUGACUCGAAAACGCGCGCAGGUAUGCAUUUUAAGUAACCCUGAUCAAAAAGGUAAGAUGAGAAGAAUCGACUGCUUAAGACAGGCUGAUAAGGUAUGGCGACUAGACUUAGUUAUGGUGAUCCUCUUCAAUGCCAUCCCCCUGGAGAGUACGGACGGGGAGAAAUUAGAGAAGUCCCCAAACUGCCACCACCCUGGACUCUGCGUCAACCCGCACCACAUCAGCGUCUGCGUCAGAGAACUGGACAUGUACCUGGCUAGUUUCAUCAUUGAAAUACAUACACACACAAACAAACAACCAAACACACCGAAUCACCCAGAUAACAGCAGUAUGAUUGGCAAUGAUAGUAUCAUGGUCACAGGGGUUUUUUCAGCUCAAGAGUUACUAAGAGUUACAAGA